AUGAGCCUGUGGCAGAGAUUGACCCCGCUGGUGUCCAAGGGGCGAAGUUUAGCCACGGCGUCGGCCAGCGCCGGGGGUCACCACGGGGACGGGACAGGAGCCAGAACAUGGAAGAUCCUGUCAUUUGUGGUGGCGCUGCCUGGCGUGGCUAUCUGCAUGCUGAACGCCUGGCUGCAGAUGGAGAAUCACCCCCACGAGCCUGAGGAGUUCGUGCCCUACCACCACCUGCGUAUUCGCACCAAGGCAUUCCCCUGGGCUGAUGGGAACCACAGCCUCUUCCACAACCCCCACACCAACCCCCUGCCCACAGGCUAUGAAGAAGCAAGGGGUCAUCACUGA